AGCAACCCCUCACCUACCUAAAAAAAAAAGGGGGAAAAAGAAAAAGAGAAAGAAGAAAUUGAUUUUUGUAAAGUAAAAAGGAAAGAAAAGAAGGAAAAAGCAUGUGUAUAGCAGUAUGGAUCUGGCAAUCCCAUCCCCUCUAUCCUCUUAUACUUCUCCUCAACAGAGAUGAAUAUCACACCAGGCCUACUAAGCCACUCUCAUGGUGGGAAGAUUCUUCUAACAUAUUGGGUGGCAGGGACUGCCUUGCAGGGGGCACUUGGUUGGCUUGUACUAGAAAUGGGCGCUUGGCUUUUCUAACUAAUGUGAGGGAACCUGACCGAAUUUCUAAUGCAAAGAGUAGAGGAGCACUGCCACUACAUUUCUUGGAGAGCAGAAAGAGCCCACUAGAGUUUGCAAAUGAGGUGGCGAAGGAAGGAGAUCAGUAUAAUGGGUUUAAUCUCAUAUUAGCUGAUCUUUGUUCAAAGACCAUGAUUUAUGUCUCCAAUAGGCCUAAAGGAGAGCUCUCUCCCAUUCAAGAGGUGUCUCCAGGCAUUCACAUUCUCUCAAAUGCAAAACUAGACACUCCCUGGCCUAAGGCUCAACGCUUGCAUGAAAAUUUCAAGGUCCUACUUGAUGCAUAUGACAAGGAAGAAAUUCCCGAGAAAGAGAUGAUCGAACGGCUGAUGGGAGACCACCUUAAAGCUGAUAAGGAGAAGCUACCUAAUACUGGUUGUGAUCCCGAGUGGGAAUUCAACCUAAGUUCUAUAUUUAUUGAUGUUGAAACUGAGCUGGGCCGCUACGGCACUAGAAGCAUGGCUGCUUUGUCUGUAAAAGAUAGUGGAGAAGUUAGCUUCUAUGAAAAGUAUCUGGAGAAGGAAAUCUGGAAGGAGCACACCAUAAACUAUCCGAUCGUAAAGAUGGAAUAAAUGUCUCUGUUCAAGACUCGACGAUCACCACAGCAGUUAUUGCUGUCACGUUCCUUGAUGUUGUUGGGAUAUUAGCACAGUUGCUGUUUUCGCUGUUUAUUUUGUGAUGACAAAUCCUAUGAUCCUUGAGCAAUUUGCAGUGUCCUUGAGCUUUCCGUUUGUACAGAUGGGGCCCAUGGAUAAAUGUUCUAUAUAUUGCCCAGAAUGAAGGAUUGUAAAAAUCUGAUCAACUAGAGGUCACCGUUUGAAAGGUUAAGAUUAUUUCGUCA